AUGAACAGAGUUGACUUUGCUCCAUGCGGAGCAAAUCCAAAUCGAACCCAGUCACUCACCCUCGGUGCAAGUGAGUCUGGGUUGGUUAUUGAAAGGGAGCUACUGGUGGGGUUUGUGACAACUAACAAUGCGUGUAACUCCAAGGUUUUGAGUGCUUGGCAGAUGAUUGUGGUUCCACGGGGACUGGUUCGCUUUCGGCCAAAUUCAAACGGUCACUUGCCUGGGUCUCUUGUACUUUCCUUUCAUCACGCCUUCAAUCCCGACCGAGCAUUAACUGAGGCUUUUAAGUAG